UCCCUGUAGUAAUGCAGAAUUUGUAAAUGCAUGUGCCUUUUACAUAUGCUUGUACCCAAAUCCAAGAGAGGACGUAGCAGUUUUGAUAUCAGGCAUGGACAGUCGAUAAUAUGUACAUGAACGAUAACGGUUGUUACAUCAUAGGAGACGAAACAACGCACGUUAUAUGAAUAUGCAUAUGUGGCUAUCACAAGUAAAUGCAGUUAACACCGAGAAGACACCAUUUUCAUUGGCAAUUUGUCUCGACACCGGAGGGACUUUGUUACGUGUAAAAUUGACAGUUGGAGCAUGACAGGUGUGCCAGACAUUUUUAUGGCUGAUAUACACAAAUAUAGUAGUACGGGUCCGGCAAACCAGACAGUGAUCCAUUUCUGUAAAUAUAUAUUCAUAUAUACAUAUAUGUAUCCUUUCUGCAUAGUAGAUAACACGAAAACCAAAACAUUUCCAGUAUAAGAAACAAGUACGGUCUUUGAAGUAUUCUUACAAGAGCGAGAAUUGUGCAGUGUUUGCUCAGAAUGAAAAUAACAAAGAUAUUUGAUUUGCGUAUCGAACAAACCGGAUUAAAGUGUGAUUCGAAUCGUGUAAUUCAAGAGUGAGUCUGGUUCAACGAUCACAAUGAUAAUCUUCGUGAUGAAUGGCAGGCAGCUGAAACAGAGGGUGAUUGAAGAAUGCACGACAGCUUGUGUAAGCGACAAUGGAGGCCUCAGGGUUUAUCAACUCACGGCAGCUCCAAUGUAUAAAGAUGAAGCUGCCAAUAUUCAAGUGCUCACGGUUGGCCCCGCGAGUGACAAGGAGGUUAUUGCACUGCUGUUGCUUGGGGAAACGGGCGCCGGAAAAACUCGCCUGACCAACACGCUUAUAAACAUCGUCUUCGGAGUCCAGUUUGCCGAUGACUUCAGGUUUGCGGUGAAGGACCAGGUUGAUCUCCCCAGCAAGAGCCAAGUCCACAGCCAGACUGACUACAUAACAGCCUAUUUAAUUCAUCAUAUGGACGGAAUGCUGAUCAACUGUAGUCUUAUGAUCAUAGACACUCCGGGGUUUUAUGACACGAGAAGUGUGGAGUGCGGGAGUCGUGUGAGUGGACCUUUGUCUUCUUUUUUGGUGAACGAUUUUGGAAUUGAUAACCUACACUGUGUUGGGCUCGUCGCUAAAGCAAACCAAAACAGAAUCUUAAAGAGUCAGGUCGAUGUUUUAAACGAAUUUUCUUCCUUUUUAUCUCGCGAUGUCUCGUCGAUAACGAAACUUUUGGCCACUUUCGCCAGUGAUGAUAAUCAUGUGCACGAAGUUGUAAGAGCUGCUGGGAUCUCUUUCAGCAGUAUGUACGAAUUUGAUAAUUGGCCUUUGUAUAAAAAUAAUCAUGAUGCCAAUCUCAGGACCUCCACGAUACUUGAGUUCAGAUGGGAGAACAUGCAGAAAGAAUGUGUUAGAUUUCUGAAAGAGCUGAGUGUUGUUACGCCUUUGAAUCUUAAAAACACGCGGGAUCUGCAUGAGGAGAGAAAGCUACUCUCUGAGACGAAGGAUCAGUUGAUGACCGAAACGAGACUCACGGCCACGAUAGUUCGAACGCUUCCUAAAUUGAAAUUGGAAUUGAAAAAUUACGAGGAGGAAGUAAAGCAUACUAAGUGGAAAUACAACGAGAAAAUCAUUACCGUGGAGAGAUACGACGUGGCAGAGGGUUACCAUGCACACAAUUGCAAAGUCUGCAAGAAAACGUGUGUGUGUUCUUGUGCAGAUCCGUCAAAUGUCGUGGCAGGUGUCGUGGGGACAACAUCGGGCGUUGGGACUGCCUUUGCCACUGGCUUAGCUUCAGCGAUCAGCACUGGAGCGGUUAUUGGCACCGAGGUUGGGAUCCUAGGUGGUCCGAUUGGAGCCGGCGUCGGUUCAUGUAUCGGCCUGGUAAGCGGCCUUGCGGUGGGGAUAUCUGCAGGAAUCAAGUCGAGGAAAACAAAGGCAGAAUGUCCACUGGUUAGUUCUGAUUCUAUUUGUGAAGAAAAGGGCUGUCCACACAAACUAUCAGAUCACCAGGUCGAACAUUUUGCGAUUGUAGAAUCUGAAGACAAUAUCGAAAAAGUUGAUGCUCAGAUGAAACUCAGAUAUGACAGUCUAAUGGAUGUGAUUAAGAAGACACAGGGUGUAAUCAAGGAAAAGGAGGAAGCCAUGCAAGUGUAUAAGGAAAACUUGACAAUGUUAGCUGUCAGAAUGGUUAAACAUAUAAGGAGAAUAAGCGAACUAAGCAUGAAUUCGGAAUCUGUCACUCCUGAGAAAGUCAUUGACGAAAUGAUAAAGGACGUCGAAGAUGAAGAACAUAUUAAGGUAUUGAGGAUGUAUCUAAGUGCCAUGAAGCUCCUCUGUAUGCAGUGUUAUAUGCGUUAUCCCAAUCAAGGUUCAGAAACUUUUGUUUCAAGCAACGAUUCCGGAAACAAGAUGGCUUACAGUCAGCUGAAACACAGAAUUGCAAAGGAAUUCACGGUGUCCUGCAGUAAAACCGAAGGCGUGAGACUAUAUGAGCUCUUGACGAAGGCAAUACAGAAAGAUGAAGACAAGAAGAUCCAAGUGGUUAGCCUUGGCCCCGCGAACGACAAGGAGGUCGUCUCAGUGCUACUGCUCGGGGAAACGGGCGCCGGGAAGACUCGCCUGAUCAACGCGCUUUUGAACAUCGUCUUCGGAGUCCAGUUGGCCGAUGACUUCAGGUUUGUGUUGAGGGACCAGAUGGACCUCACCAGCAAGAGCCAAAUCCACAGCCAGACUGACUACGUAACAGCUUACUUGAUUUACCACAUGGAUGGAAUGCUGAUCAACAAUAACCUAAUGAUCAUAGACACUCCAGGAUUUUGUGAUACGAGAAGUAUUGAGUACCAGAAUCGCGUGACUGAACGUUUGUCUUCUUUUUUGUUAAAUGAUUUUGGAAUUGAUAAUCUGCACUGCAUUGGGCUGGUCGCCAAAGCUAAUCAGAACAGAAUUUCUAGAGUCCAGCUCAAUAUCCUGAACGCUUUCUCCUCACUGUUAUCGCAUGACGUUACUCCCAUAACGAAACUUUUGGCUACAUUUGCUUGUGAUGAUAAUCACGUACACGAAGUUGUGAAAACUGCUGGCAUUAAUUUUAGUAGCGUCUAUGAGUUCGACAAUUGGCCUCUUUACAUAACACGUAAUAACACUGAUCGUAGGUCAAGCCUUAAUCACGAAUACAGAUGGGACAACAUGCAGGAGGAGCACUUGCGAUUUCUGAAAGAGUUAAGUGCAGUGCCUCCAGUGAGCCUCAAAAACACACGGCAGCUCCAAGCAGAGCGAAGGCUUCUUGCAGAGACCAAAGCCAUAUUGAAGGAUGAAGUCAAACGCGCAGCUUCUUUGGCACGAGCUCACGGGAAACUGAAAAGAGAAAUGAACAAACUGAUAGAUGAAGCGGAGAACAUUAAGUGGAAAUACAAUGAAAAGAAUGUUACUAUUGACAGGCGUAAAGUUGAGCGCGGCUUUCACACACACAACUGCGAGAUCUGCGUGAAGACCUGCAAGACCUGCAAGAAUCCCUCAAACAUCAAGGCUGGGAUCGUAGGAACAACCACGGGCGUGGGAACUGGCGUAGCAACAGGGAUUUUCUCUGCCUUGAUAAGCGGAGCAGUAAUUGGGGCCGAAGUCGGGGUAUUAGGCGGUCCAAUAGGCGCAGCUGUAGGGUCUUCGAUCGGUGCAGCAAGUGCUUUGACCUUUGGCCUUAUUGCAGGAAUCAGGAGUAGGAAAACAAAGUUUGAAUGUCCGCUUGUAUCUUGGGAUAUAACGUGUAAAGCAAGUGGAUGUUUACAUAAGAUGUCAGAACACGAAGUAGGGAGUUAUUCAAUAACCGAAUCAGAAAACUGGACUGAGAAGAUUGAUUUCUUGUCAAAAGCUAAAUAUGAUGAAUUAAUCAAACAAAGUCGCAAAACAGGAAGUCUUAUUAAAGAAAACGAGGAGAAAAUUCAUGGUUGUAGAGAGUACUUAACAAAAUUAGCGGUGAGAGUAGUGAACCACAUCAAAACAAUAAGAAAGCUGAGUAUGGAAUCCGACUCACUUACCCAAGAGAAGUUCCUUGAGGAGACGAUUGCAGAGGUGAAAGAUCUGGAAGAAGUUAGGAUCCUGAGAAUAAUCUUUGCGGCUGUGGACUCCCUAGACAGUGACAUGGAGGAAGGUUUUUAUUUGCAGGACAUUUCAGGCCAGCUGAAUUAGAGUAGCAACUAGCACUUAGUUGUUUUUAUUUCAGUUAAACAAGAAUGGUUACUGAGUGUAUGAUAGUAAUUGAUUAGACACUGCCUCCAAUUUUGAAAUGUCAUAGCGAAAAGAAAGUGUUCUUAAAAAAAAAGAAAAAUGUAAUAAUGCGAAGAACGGAUAGCCUGCUCUUAACUUUAGAAAAAAAUGUAUAGAUGAUUAGAUUUAAAGUGUACUACAGCAUUAUAGCGUCUCAAGUCUGAACGAGUAUUGCAGAUUUCAAGUGUGAGUGUCAUUUCUAGAAAUUUAAAUCAUUCCUUCUAUAGGCCUUUUUUUUUGUUGUUUUGUUUUUAUCAAGGUGCAUUUGGGUAUUUCUUGCUAUGGUCGGCAGGAUUCAGUUCAACAAUGUGCUGAUGUAUAUAGCAGAAUAAAACAAGCAUAUACA